CUGGGAUGACAGCUGAUCUACUGAGCUUCCUGCUGUUGCUGAUCUUCUCCCUGCUGAGGCUGAUGAGAGGUGACAAGAGGAUAGAAGCGACUUUGUCUGUACAAAGUGCAAGCUGGUCUCUGUACUGGAAGAGAUGGUUAAAGGACAAGAGACCCAAGUAUCAAUCCUGCAUUGCCACAGAGAAGAUGAAGACUUUCUGGAUAGAAGUCAGUGUUUGGUACUGCAGGCACAGCAUGCUGAAGAAUCAACAUGUGACCUCAAGAAGAAGAAAGAGGAGAACCAUGUACCCCCAAUCCAGAUAGAGGCUGUGUCCCACAUUCUCAUGGAUAUGGCACCAGAUUCCUUUGAUGACCAGUACCAGGGUUGCCAUGAGCAGGUAAUGGAAGAACUGGACCGAGGAGACUAUUUCCAAAAGGAAUUGGGUAAUAAUAAGAACUAUUCCAGCAUCUGGGAGAAAGCAAAGCUGGUCUGGUCAAAAAAGCCAAUGGCUCUGCUAAGGGAGAUGCAGGAGAAUCAUGCCGUAGCCCUCCUGGCUUACACCAUGAACACCUCGCUGCACUCUGAUUUGAACUGGGCUGUGUCCAGAGCUGGGACAUCCCCAGAGCACUACAGACACAGCUUCCCCUUCAAAUACCUCCACUUCUACCUGACUACAGCCAUUCAACUGGUGAGGAGAUGGGAGAGUGGCACCACAAGAAAAAAGUGCUACCAGGUGCACCGGGGGGUAAAAGGCCUGUAUUUUGAGGCUGAGUUGGGCACCAAAGUGCGGUUUGGCCGCUUCACCUCCACUUCACUCCUCCGGAAGGAAGCCCGGAGAUUUGGGAAUGAAACAAUAUUCACUCUGAAGACUUGCUUAGGGGCAGUUGUGCAACGCUUCUCCCACUACUUCUCUGAGAGGGAGGUCCUCAUCCCACCCUAUGAGAUAUUUCAGGUCAGAAACUUCAGCCGAACACCAAGUGGUAACCAGCUGUAUCUGCUUUCUGUGGGAAAUUACAGUCAAUACAACUGCCAGCUCCUGAAAGCUUCAAGCAGCAAGAACUGUAUCCACAUUCCUCCAAUCGCUGCCUUUCUUUCUUGUGUGAUCAGUGCUUUCUUCUACUCCACCAGGCAAUGACUCUUUCUCUGAUCACAGAAGGAUUCAUGUGCUGCAUAGAGAGGAAUGAGUGACAGGUGCAAGGGAUUUACAGCUAACCAGUCACAGAGGUUACUGAUGCUACAAGGUGCUGAACACCUCCUGUGAUUUUACCUCUAACUCCCCCUGACUUCAAUGAGUUAAGGGUGCUCAGAAUUUCAAAGGAGGUGUUUAAUCCCUCACAAAAUCAAGCCCCUAGGUGUACAUUCAAAAUAGGGAUGUAAAUAGGGUUUAAAAAUAAUAACUGUUUAACCUAUUAAAAUUCUAUUGGUUAAACUGUUAACCGUUAAGGAGUUCACAUAGGCAGAGAACUAGGGGUGGGGUGGAGGUGCUGCAGCACCCCCACGUUUUAUCCAGGGCUCCACUGCUGCCUGCACCCAGGAUCCUGGCUGCAGGCCUGGGCGCAGAGCUCUGCUGCCUCCCCAUGCCCAGGGUCCUGGCCCCGGGUCUGGGGUCCUGGCCACCUCCCUGGGCCUGGCAUCCUGGCUGUUGGCCCAUCCUGGCUGCUGGCCUUGGGACCAGCAUGCCACUGCUGCCUGCCCAGCACCUGGGGUCCCAGCUGCUGCCCCAUGCCCGAUACUCCAUUGCCUCCCCACGCCCAGGGUCCCAGUUGCUGGCUCUGUGCCUGGGAUCCCAGGACCCUGGGCACAUUGUCGGGAGCUGUGACCCUGGGUGUGGAGGGCAGAGGAGUUUAAUCAUUAACUGAAACCAGUAAGACUGUACUUAUCGGUUAACUGGUUAACCAGUUAAACUUUUACAUCCCUAAUUCAAAGAAGGAAGAUAAUGGAUCUGUGUGCUUAAGGAAGAGCACGGCAGAGACACCAGUCAAUUUAGGUACCUAGUCUGCAAGGCUUUGAAUACAACCAUACAGUAGGAACUCUUGAACUACUAUUCGUAUUAGAAUUUCUUUUGCAAGUCUCAGUAGGUUCUCUUGAGUUAGUAGUAAUAGCACCCUCUGGUGGACAAUAAGAAAACACCUGCAAAUUCUUUCCAAGGUUAAUUAGAAAUUGUAGAGCAUGGGUCAGCAACCUUUUUUGAAGUGAUGUGCUGAGUCUUCAUUUAUUCACUCUAAUUUAAGGUUUCGCGUGCCAGUAAUACAUUUUAACAUUUUUAGAAGGUCUCUUUCUA